AUGGCGACAUUGGAAGCAACACCGAUUUGGGAAGAUGGAGAAGAGUCACUUGGAGAAGAAGUUCUUCGUAUGUCAACGGAUGAGAUCGUCAGUAGAACUAGACUGCUUGAUAAUGAAAUUAAGAUAAUGAAAUCUGAGAUCAUGAGGAUCUCCCAUGAACUACAAGCACAGAAAGAAAAGAUCAAAGAGAAUAAAGAAAAGAUUAAAGUGAAUAAAACACUGCCAUAUCUUGUUUCAAAUGUAAUUGAGUUAUUAGACAUGGAUCCCCAAGAUCAAGAAGAAGAGGAUGGAGCUAAUGUUGACUUAGAUGCUCAACGAAAAGGAAAAUGUGCAGUUAUCAAGACUUCUACUAGACAGACCUAUUUCUUACCAGUGAUUGGUUUAGUUGAUGAAGAAAAAUUAAAACCUGGAGAUCUUGUUGGAGUCAACAAAGAUUCAUACCUAGUUUUAGAGACUUUGCCAGCAGAAUAUGAUUCGCGUGUAAAAGCUAUGGAAGUUGAUGAGAGACCUACAGAACAGUACAGUGAUGUUGGAGGUCUAGAUAAACAGAUUCAAGAGUUAAUUGAAGCUGUGGUUUUGCCUAUGACACACAAAGAAAGAUUUGAAGCUCUUGGAAUUCAACCACCAAAAGGUGUAUUAUUAUAUGGACCACCUGGUACUGGUAAAACAUUAUUAGCCAGAGCUUGUGCUGCACAGACAAAAUCAACCUUUCUUAAACUAGCUGGUCCACAGUUGGUACAAAUGUUUAUUGGAGAUGGAGCUAAACUUGUUAGAGAUGCUUUUGCUUUGGCUAAAGAGAAAGCUCCUGCUAUUAUCUUCAUUGAUGAAUUGGAUGCUAUUGGAACCAAAAGAUUUGACAGUGAAAAAGCUGGCGACAGAGAGGUUCAAAGGACUAUGUUAGAGUUACUAAACCAAAUGGAUGGAUUUCAACCUAAUCAGAUGGUUAAGGUUAUUGCUGCUACAAACAGAGUAGACAUUUUAGAUCCUGCUUUAUUAAGAUCUGGUAGAUUAGACAGGAAAAUAGAAUUCCCACAUCCUAAUGAGGAGGCUCGUGCCAGAAUUCUACAAAUUCAUUCCAGAAAAAUGAAUGUUAGUAAAGAUGUUAAUUAUGAAGAAUUAGCUAGAUGUACUGAUGAUUUUAAUGGUGCUCAGUUGAAGGCUGUUUGUGUUGAAGCUGGUAUGAUAGCUUUACGUAGAGAAGCUGCAGAGUUAAGUCAUGAAGAUUAUAUGGAUGCUAUAAUAGAAGUACAGGCUAAGAAGAAAACGAACCUGCAAUAUUAUGCUUAAAUUGUCUGUAACAGACAAAAAUGAUAUAUUAUGUAUUCUUUAUGUUAGUCCAUUAAGAUGGGAGAUCAAUAAAUGUUGAAAUUC